AUGAGUCUGCAACAAAAAUCAGUAAAAGCGGCAUCUUUUGCUAGAGACAUCAUUGAUAAGCAAUUAGAAGAUAUUAAGGCUUAUCUUGAAUCAACUGGUGUUGGCUAUAGAGGUUCAUUAGUUGAUAAGGAUGGAUUUCCUUUACCAAACAUAGACCAUUUUCGUAUUGCAAAUGAAAGAAAGCGUGCAGCAAGACUUCUUAAUGAUAGAAAGCGUAUAGAAAAUUUAAUAUCAGAAUUACUCGUUUCAGUACCAACUGGAGAUAAACCAACAUUGAUGAUGGAACUCGAAAAACAAGAACCGUUUUGUUUGAUAUCAGAAGUUAGAGAGGGAUCGCCUGCAGAAAAGGCAGGUUUAAUUGAUGGUGAUUUAUUAAUAAAAUUUGGUCCAGCUACCAACAUGUUAGACGUCAAAAAGAAUAUUGUAGAAGGAACUGCAGUAGAUUUAGUAGUUUAUCGCGUGGAAGAAUACUCGAGAGAAUUAGCUUCAUGCUCUUUAACACCAGCUAAGUGGGAAGGAGAUGGACUUGUAGGAUGUCAUUUGAUUCCGUUGUAA